AUGUUAGAAAAAAUACUUUUAUUAUCUUUGCUCGUAGCAAUAUCUUGUACUAGCAUAAAGGGAACUGACGAUCAGGAUUGGUGGGAGAAAACAAUUUUUUAUCAAAUUUAUCCAAGAUCCUUUGCUGACAGCGAUGGCGAUGGAAUUGGAGAUCUUAAAGGAAUUACGUCGAAAUUAGAGUACGUUAAGGAACUUGGAGUUGACGCAAUUUGGCUGUCACCAAUUUUUCAAUCACCAAUGUAUGACUUUGGGUAUGAUAUCGCUGACUUUUAUGCCAUUCACGAUGAAUUUGGGACCAUGGAAGAUUUUGAAAAUCUUAUUGAUAGGGCAACAGAAUUUGACUUAAAAGUAGUUCUUGAUCUCGUACCAAAUCACACUUCCAAUGAAAGCAUAUGGUUUCAAGAAGCACUCAAAGGUAAUAAAAAGUACUACGAUUACUUCAUUUGGGAAGAUGGAGUAAUCGAUGAAAAUGGCAACAGACAACCUCCUAAUAAUUGGAUAAGUCAUUUUCGUGGUAGCAUGUGGGAGUACAGAGAAGAAGUUGGUCAAUAUUAUUUACAUCAAUUCGUUGUUGGACAACCAGAUCUCAACUACCGCAAUCCAGACGUUGUACAAGAAAUGAAAGACAUUAUUCGUUUUUGGUUAAACAAAGGUGUUGCUGGAUUUAGAGUAGAUGCCAUAAAUUGUUUAUUUGAAGUAGAUAAAGAACUUUUUGGAGGAGUUUUUCCUGAUGAACCACUAUCAGGUAGAACUGAUGUAGAUCCAGAAUCUCCUGAUGUACUAGAUCACAUUUACACAAGAAAUCAAAAUGAAACUUACUAUAUGGUAUAUCAAUGGAGAGAUGUAUUUGAAGAGGUAGCAGCGAGUGAUGGAUUAACUAGAGUUAUGAUGACAGAAGUAUAUGCUACAAUUCAAGAUGUUGUAAGGUAUUAUGGAGAUGGCGAAUUAGAAGGAGCUCACAUGCCUUUCAAUUUUGAUCUAAUCACUGAUGUUGAUAAAACAGCCUCUGCUGCAGACCUAAAGCGCGCUGUUGAUAAAUUUUUGACCUAUAAACCGAUAGAUAAGCAAGCUAAUUGGGUGGUUGGAAAUCACGAUAGAAGUAGAAUGGCUACAAGAUUUGGUCCAGCAUUAGUUGAUGGAAUUAACAUGUUAGUCCUGUUACUUCCAGGAGUUGCAGUAACUUAUAUGGGUGAAGAGAUUGGUAUGGUAGAUGGUUAUGUCAGCUGGGAAGAAACUGUUGAUCCUGCUGGUUGUAAUACAAAUGAUCCUAUUAACUAUGUCUUAUCAUCAAGAGAUCCAGAGCGCACUCCAUUCCAAUGGAAUGCUGAAAAAAAUGCUGGUUUUUCCUCUGCUGAUAAAACUUGGCUGCCAGUCGCUGACGGAUAUAAAACUUUAAAUGUGGAGGUACAAAAAGAUGCAGAUAAAUCACAUCUGAAGGUAUAUCAGGCACUUGCUGAGCUUCGCCAAGACAAUGUUUUCAGAUAUGGAAGUUUCGAGUCUCUUGCUCUUAAUAAUGACGUAUUUGCAUUCAAAAGAUUGUAUCGGGGAAAUAUCUAUAUAGUUGUAGUUAACAUGCGUGAUACUGAAUAUGAAGUAGACCUGACCUAUUUUGAAAACGUCUUUGGUAUUGUGCGAGUUGUAUUAUCAAGUGUUGAGUCCUCUAAAAAUAAAGGGGAUACAUUCAGGGCUGCAUCCGUUCCCGUGGCUGGUUAUGAAGGAAUAGUUUUACGAUCGAAACGAGGCGCAUCUCUACUAAUAUUCUGGAAAAUGAAGAUAUAUUCGAUUUUUCCACUGCUUCUCCUCUUGGGGUAUGUUAAAACCCAAGAAAGAGAACUAGAAUGGUGGGAAACAACAAUUUUCUAUCAGAUAUACCCCAGAUCUUUUAAAGAUAGCGAUGGUGAUGGAAUUGGAGAUUUGAAUGGAAUUACUGAGAAUCUAGAAUAUCUAAAGGAACUUGGCGUUGGUGCAACUUGGCUAUCCCCAAUUUUCAAAUCACCAAUGUAUGACUUCGGGUACGAUAUAUCCGAUUUCUACGACAUACAGGAUGAAUACGGAACUAUGGAAGAUUUUGAGCGACUCAUUGCCAAAGCAAACGAAUUAGAUAUUAAAAUAGUACUUGAUUUCGUUCCAAACCAUGGAAGCAAUGAAAGUGUAUGGUUCGAAGAAGCACUGAAAGGUCAUGAAAAAUAUUUAGAUUAUUUUGUUUGGGAAGAUGGUGUAGUAGACGAAAAUGGAGAUUUACAACCGCCUAAUAAUUGGAAUAGUGUCUUCCGUAAGAGUGCAUGGGAGUACAGAGAAGAAGUAGGCAAAUAUUAUUUACAUCAAUUUGUUAUUGGUCAACCUGAUCUCAACUACCGUAAUCCUGAUGUGGUUGAAGAAAUGAAAAAUAUCAUACGUUUCUGGUUAGAAAAAGGUGUUGCUGGCUUUAGAGUAGAUGCUAUCUCGCAUUUGUUUGAAGUAGACAAGGAAUUAUAUGGUGGAAAAUAUCCGGAUGAGCCACUAUCAGGAGACUUAAAUGCUGAUCCGUUAAGCUACAGUUACUUGUCGCAUAUUUACACAAUUGACCAAGAUGAGACUUUUGACAUGGUGUAUCAAUGGAGGGAAGUACUCGAUGAAUUUAAAGAAAAAGAUGGCGUAAGCAGAGUUAUGAUGACGGAAGCUUACUCUAGUCCACAAAUCACUAUGAGAUACUUUGGUAAAGAUGAACGCGAAGGUUCUCAGAUGCCGUUCAACUUCGUACUUAUAACAGACGUCAAUGGUGAUUCAACGGCUGCAGAAGUAAAAUAUGCUCUUGAUAAAUUUUUAACAUUCAAGCCUAUCGACAAACUUGCGAACUGGGUGGCUGGCAAUCAUGACAAUAACAGAGUUGCAUCAAGAUUUAGUCCAGAAUUAGUUGAUGGCAUUAAUAUGAUUAUACAUCUACUUCCUGGAAUUGCUGUUACGUAUAUGGGUGAAGAAAUUGGUAUGGUUGAUGGAUUUGUGAGCUGGGAAGAUACCGUGGACCCCAGUGGAUGCAACACAGAUGACCCUAUCAAUUACUGGACUGCUUCCAGAGACCCAGAGAGAACGCCAUUCCAGUGGAAUUCUGAUAAAAAUGCAGGAUUUUCUACCGGAGAUAAGACAUGGCUUCCCGUUGCUGAUGGAUAUGAAACUUUGAAUGUCGAAGUACAAAGAGCGAUAGAGAGAUCACAUCUUAACGUAUACAAGACCCUUGCAUUGUUGCGAACAGAAUCUGCCUUUAGAUAUGGUAGAUACGAAUCUGUUGCCAUUAAUUCUGAUAUUUUUGCAUUUAGAAGAUGGCACAAUGACGUGAUCUACGUAGUAAUAGUAAACCUUAGAAAUGAAUCGUAUACUAUCGAUUUGACAUAUUUCGAAAAUGUUGUUGGUCAGUUAGAAGUGGUUGUGAGCAAUAUACAGUCACCGAAAACAGCUGGAGAAGCGCUGGAGGCGAACGUCGUUGAUAUAAUUGGAUACGAAUCUUUAGUGUUGAGAGUACUUUAA